UGUCAUUUGUUUAGGGUAGGGCAAAAACAGCAGUCACAACAGAACAAGUUGCGAUUCGAUGCGCUUGUUUCUGGCCAGAGCGUAUCAUAAUGGCUGAAGAACACCACGAUUUCGAGAGCGGCUCGGCUAACGCCUCCGCUACCUUCCCUAUGCAAUGUUCUGCCUUGCGUAAGAACGGUCACGUCGUCAUUAAGGGUCGCCCCUGUAAGAUUGUCGACAUGUCUACCUCUAAGACCGGUAAGCACGGUCAUGCUAAGGUCCACAUUGUCGCUCUCGACAUCUUCAAUAGCCGUAAGAUGGAGGAUAUCUGCCCCUCUACCCACAACCUUGAGGUCCCUGUCGUCAAGCGUGACGAGUACACUCUCAUUGAUGUCCAAGACGGUUACCUUACCCUCAUGACUGCCGAUGGCAGCACCAAGGACGAUGUUCGUCUCCCUGAGGGCGAGCUCGGCCAACAAAUUGAGGAGGGCUUUGACGAGGGCAGAGAGCUCAUCAUCACCGUCGUUUCCGCUAUGGGUGAGGAGUGCGCUCUCGGUGUCCGUGACGCCCCUAACCAAUAAACGGAUUCCGUAAUGUGAUUGUCUUGUGCGUAAACGCACGGUCAUGCUUAUAACGUGCUUGACAUGACAUUCCUUUCGGUCUUUUUGAAAUAAAAUAUACCCGACCGUUGAAAUAAAUGGUGUUUGGACGUUUAAA